UGGAAGACGCUUGCACUAGCAGUGAAUCAUGAUUUACCGUGAAUUGCCAGUUAAGCUGAUUUUAUGCAUAAUAAUAAGUUUACGAUGGCAGUUGUGCUUGGCGCAGAAGUGCAAGGCGUUAAGAGGUGCAACUUCUAUUGGAAUUUACCAAUGUCAAGGACUGCAAACGCUAAGUGAAGUGGAGGAAGAGCUCACGCCCAGCUGGCGGGGUUUUGUGGUAUUGAAUCGAAAGGAAGAAUUCUUUGACUUGACAGCGCAAUCGGGCGAACAACUAGAGCAACAACAAACGAAGUGGAUGCAAAUCACUGAUUUGGACUUAUCACAUUCUGGUGCUUUGAACUUGGACGAUGAAGGCUUUAGCGCUUUCACAUCUUUGAUGCAUUUAAAUAUCAGUGGCGCACAAUUGAGUGAGCUGAAGCCCCGAUAUUUUGCAGUGAACUCAAAACUAAAGCAACUCGAUGCGAGCCGCAAUGAUUUUCAGAAUUUGAACGUGGAGAAUUUUCAGCGUCUGCUACAAUUGAAGGUCGCCAAUUUUUCAUUUAACAACAUUAGACGCGUGGAACCCGACGCUUUUGCAGGACUAACCCAAUUGGAGUACUUAAAUUUGGAUAGCAAUGCUUUAACGAAUGCCUCUAUUGGCGCCUGCAGCAGUCUGCGCGAGCUAACGCUUGCUGACAAUGACAUAAAAAAGUUAUCGUCCUACGAUUUUGUGGGCUUACCACAACUGCGACACUUGCGUCUCACCUCGAACUCCAUACAGAGCAUCGCAAACGGCGCCUUUCAACCGCUAAGCAAGCUUAUCAUACUCAAUCUCGCAGGCAAUUCGUUGCGCCAACUUUCAAAAGAAACAUUUUGUGGUUUGGAACGUGCGUCCCUGCAAUACUUGGACCUCAGUUCUAAUGACUUAACAACAUUGGUGGCAGAACUCUUUGCGCCGUUAGGGAAAUUGCAAAUUUUAAACCUCGGUAGCAAUCAGUUAAGCUCACCAACUCCUGCACUCUUCGCUGGCUUACCGCUUCUACGUAAACUCUAUAUGUACGAAAAUGACAUGGAUGCACUUCUUGCAAAUACUUUUGCGAACCUCACAGCGCUCGAUACCCUUGAUGUGUCCGGGAAUAAUAUUCAAAAGUUGGAUGCAGAUGUAUUCGGCACAACGUCUCUACCGCGCUUCCGCAAGCUUUUGAUAAAAACCAACAAUAUGAAACGUCUACACCCGCUUGCUUUCGCUGCAUUACCCUCUCUGGAGUACCUCUCAAUAGGUUUCAAUGAGCUGACCUCGCUGGAUAAGCGCUUAUUUGAACCAUUGCGUCAUCUACACAAAUUACAUUUAGGCAACAAUUUGAUUGAGGAAAUACCAUUCGAUGUACUCGACAUAUUCAAUGAACUCACUGAACUUUUGUUGGACAACAACAAAUUGUCAUUUCUCCCCGAGCUGAACGCCACGCAUUUUCCGAAUUUGCGCAAAUUUUCAUUGGAAGGCAAUCCAUGGCAAUGCCAGUGCCUGGAUGAACUCUUCGAUUGGUUGAAUGCGAAGAAAGUGGAGUACUUCAGGCCGCAGAGCCCCUUUUUCCAAGGAGAAAAGUCCCUUUGUGUUGUAUCUGAUCAGGAUUCGUGCAUACGGGACUUAGCGUUGGUAAAGGGGGUAGGAAUUUUAGAAAACUAAUGGAAAGUUCCCUCAGCUAAAAGUAAGAAUAUGUUUUAGAUAUUUAGGUAGUGAGGUUAUUUACACCUGAGACUGCUAAGAAUUUUAAUAAAAAAUUUACACGUAUAAUAAAAUAAAAAA